AUGAUGUCGUCAGCGUCAGCAGUAUCGCCAGCAACGGCCGCGCGCUGCCCCUUCACUGGGCGACUAGCGGCCGUGGCAACCAUGGGCGAGUCGCUCUCACGCGAAGAUACCGAAGCGGACCUCCCGGUACCCAUCCCGGGUCCCCACCCGUGGGACAUAGUGGGCAACGUGCGUGAUCUGAGCGCGAUCGCGCUGCGCGGGAUCGAGGAGGCGACGCUGCUGUACGGGCGCAAGUACGGCCCGAUCUGUAGGUUCGCCAACGGCGUGAGCGCGUGGACUUUCGUAAACGACGCGGAGAUCAUCGCGCACAUCUGCAGCUCCAACUCCAAAAACUACUCGCGCAGAUUCCUGCCCGACUCUCCUUUCCACCGGCUUUUCCCAACUGCCUUUCCCCACCAGGCGGUAUACGAGUACGUGACGCAUGGCAAGGGCAUUCUGGGGUCGCAAGGGGAGUACAACCGCGCGCACCGCCGCAUGUGCCAGCCGCCUUUCAUGCGCCCCAACCUGCUCGACGCCUUUUCCGAUACCAUCCAGUCACAGCUAGACAAGCUCAUCACAAUGUGGCGCCAUCAAGCCACCACAGACGCCGGCUCACCCCUCCCCAAUGUUGUCCUCGACGGGAAUCUAGCGGUCCAGAUCCAACGCUUCACGCUCGACAUCAUCGGAGCCGUCGCUUUUUCCAAAGACUUCGGACAGCUGGACCGCAUCCGAGCCGACCCUGCAGGCUCGGCGACCCAGGCGGACGCCGGAGCUGACGAGCUGCUAGGGGCGGUGAACGAGUCGCAGCAGUUGAUGGCAAACGUGUUCAUCACGCCACUGCCGGUGCUGCAGCUGCUGCGGAGGUUCGGGGAACCAGGGAUGCUGCGGUUGGAUGCGGCGAUGAAGGCCAUGGAGAGGGUUAUGAUGGGUGUAAUCGAGGAGCGGAGAGAGAAAUGGCGCGCAACGGGGGACGCUGGAGAUGAUCUGCUGGGAGUGCUGCUAGGCGCCACGCUCAGCCCUCCGCCUCCCUGCGUCCCCCACUUCCUUGCUUCCUCUCCGCCUCCCCUGUGUCGCCAGGACAAGCAGGGGCGGCCGCUGCAGGACGAGGAGCUGUGGGAGGACGUGCACGACGUGAUGGGCGCGGCGCACGAGACCACCGCCACCACCCUCAAACCCGUUGCGCCCGUCUCCCUCCUCCCUCCCCUGUCCCCACAGGACGAGCAAGGCCGGCCACUCCAAGACGAGGAGCUGUGGGAGGACGUGCACGACGUGAUGGGCGCGGGGCACGAGACCACCGCCACCACCAUCACGGCGGCGCUCUUCCUCAUCUCGCAACACCCUGAAGCCAAGGCCAAGGUGGGUGCAGGCCCAGGUGGAUGGCUGGCAGUGGCGGGUGAGUGGCAAGAGGAGCUGAGAGCCCUCAACGGCUGCAUGCCCUCGUUCCAAGACGUCAACAGCGGGCGCCUGGUAUACACACAGAUGGCCGUCAAGGAGACCCUCCGCAUGUACCCCCUCACUCCCUUCUUUAUCCCCUCCCCCCUCUUUUCCAGCUUCUCAAAGCCUCUUGUCCUUUCUCUCAACCCCACCUCUUCCUUUCUCUCCAUCCCUCCUCUUUCCUUCUCUCCUCCCACCCUCGCCCCUUCUCUCCCUUCCCACCCACAGGUGCAAGAGGAGCUGAGAGGCCUCAACGGGCGCAUGCCCUCGUUCCAAGACAUCAACAGCGGUCGCCUGGCAUACACACAGAUGGCCGUCAAGGAGACCCUCCGCAUGUACCCGCCCAUCCCGCUCUUCCCCCGGGAGGUCGCCCACACCGACGUCCUACCCGGGGGCUACGAACUUCCUGGCGGCGAUGUCGUAUUUAUGUCCACCUAUGCCAUGGGGCGCAACCCUGUCUACUGGCCCGAGCCCCUCUCCUUCCGACCGGAGCGCUUCACUCCCGAGGCAGAGGCAGCGCGGCCGCGCUUUGCAUGGGUGCCGUUUGGGGCGGGGCCUCGCAUGUGUCUGGGCGCCAACUUUGCUGUGCUCGCCGUCACUCAAGUCGUCGCCACCCUGCUGCAGGUGUGUGUGAGGGGAGGGGGGGAAGAGGGCGAAGGUGUGAAGGGAACUUGUGCGUGCUUGCAUCCAUACGUAUGCAGUGCUGUGUGUUUAAGGAGAUCUAACCUUACCUUUGUCCCUCUUCUCUUCCCCUCCUCUCUUCCUCCCCUGCUCCUCUCCUCCCUUGUUCCCCUCCUCCCAUCUCCCUCCCCCCCCUCUCGUUUCCUCCCCUCCCUCCCUUCCUUCCUCACCUCAGCAUUUCGAAUUCGAGGGUAUCAGUCCCAGCGGAAAGGAACUGUCAUUCGCUUACGACAUUACAAUGAACUUUCCAGGUGCGGCAAUGCUUAA